CGGGAAAGAUUUCAGUCCUCGGGGAAAGAGGGCUUAGUUUUGCAUGUUCCCAUCCAUCCUGCGCGUCGCGAAAGGGGCCCCCUUAUCCACCUCUCCUGUGUACGAGGAACACCUCCACUGGUGAUCAGCCUUUGCCUUCGUGUGUUUGUCUUGCGGAGAAGCAGCAGCAGCAGCAGCACCACCAGCAGCAGCACCUUUUUCCAGGAGUGGGGCUUGCUUUUUUUUUUUAAUUCAACGAGAAGUCCUGAAGGUUUUGGAUGCGUGCGCUUCAGGGAUGUGGGCACUUUGAGAGCAGCAGCAUCACCCACAAACACAAACAACUGCCAUCGAUUUUUCUCUGAAUAGCACAGAAAAAGACAAGAAGAAAAAAAAAAAGAGGAACAAUAGCAACACAAAAAAAAUCUUGUCUAUUGAACAAUUCACUUUUGCAGUCUGUGGAUUUCGCUCUAACUAAGUACAGCACUUUGAGAAUUGCUCACAUCGGACGGACUGAAGAGGGAGGAAAGACCUGUGGACCGGGUUUGUCUUAUCCCGCAAAGAUAAAACCCUGAAGGAUAACACGCUUGGACGUUUAUUUCCCAUCAUUUUCACAGGAGGCUCUUCUAUUUUUUUUCUUCUUAUUAUAAUUUCCACGCAAAUUGUCCUAAAUGUUUGGGAUUCAGGAAACUAUACCGCGAGGUGGGACGACGAUGAAGGAGGAACCGCUGGGUGGACUGAACUCAGUCCGCUCCUGGAUGCACACAGCUGGGGUGGUGGAUGCAAACACAGCCGCCCAAAGCGGUGUCGGCUUGGCACGGGCACAUUAUGAAAAGCAGCCCCCUUCCAACCUCAGAAAAUCCAAUUUUUUCCAUUUCGUCCUGGCGCUGUAUGACAGACAGGGUCAGCCCGUGGAGAUCGAAAGAACAGCUUUUGUGGACUUUGUGGAGAAAGAAAAAGAACCAACCAGUGAAAAAACUAACAAUGGAAUACAUUACAAACUACAGUUAUUGUACAGCAACGGCGUCAGAACAGAACAGGAUCUUUACAUACGAUUAAUCGAUUCCAUGACGAAGCAGGCCAUAGUUUAUGAAGGACAGGACAAGAAUCCAGAAAUGUGCAGAGUUCUUCUCACUCAUGAAAUCAUGUGCAGCCGAUGCUGUGAUAAGAAAAGCUGUGGAAACAGGAACGAGACCCCGUCAGACCCAGUCAUCAUUGACAGAUUCUUCCUAAAGUUCUUUCUCAAGUGCAAUCAGAACUGUCUGAAAAAUGCAGGGAAUCCACGAGACAUGCGCAGAUUCCAGGUUGUCGUAUCGACGACCGUCAACGUGGACGGCCAUGUUUUGGCCGUUUCUGACAACAUGUUUGUGCACAACAAUUCCAAGCAUGGGCGAAGGGCUCGCAGACUCGACCCUUCAGAAGGUACGCCUCCUUAUCUGGAAAAUGCAGCCACCCCAUGCAUCAAGGCUAUCAGCCCCAGUGAGGGAUGGACCACCGGAGGAGCCACCGUCAUCAUCAUCGGUGACAACUUUUUCGAUGGUCUACAAGUCGUGUUCGGCACCAUGCUCGUAUGGAGUGAGCUGAUAACUCCCCACGCCAUCCGUGUUCAGACUCCCCCUCGGCACAUCCCCGGCGUUGUGGAAGUCACGCUGUCCUACAAGUCCAAGCAGUUCUGCAAAGGUGCCCCUGGGAGAUUUGUCUACACUGCCCUGAAUGAGCCCACCAUCGACUACGGUUUCCAGAGGCUUCAGAAGGUCAUCCCCAGACACCCUGGUGAUCCUGAGAGGUUACCAAAGGAGGUGUUACUGAAGAGGGCGGCCGAUCUCGUAGAAGCCCUGUAUGGAAUGCCCCACAACAAUCAGGAGAUUAUUCUGAAGAGGGCAGCUGACAUCGCAGAAGCCCUAUACAGUGUUCCCCGCAACCACAACCAGAUUCCUUCUCUCGCCAACACAGCCUCCCAUGGCAUGAUGGGAGUCAACUCCUUCAGCAGCCAGCUAGCAGUCAACGUGUCUGAGUCACAAGGGAAUGACCAAGUUGGCUACAUCCGGAACACCAGCAGCGUGUCCCCCAGAGGCUACAUCUCCAGCAGCACCCCACAGCAGUCGAGCUACAACACAGUCAGCAACAGCAUGAAUGGCUACGGCAAUGCCGGUAUGAACCUGGGUGUGCCAAGCUCCCCAGGGUUCCUCAACGGAUCCUCUGCCAACUCCCCAUAUGGAAUUAAACAAAAGAGCGCCUUCGCCCCUGUGGUCCGACCCCAGGCCUCCCCACCCCCCUCCUGCACCAGCGCCAACGGCAACGGACUGCAAGGUGAGCCCCCCUCACCCCCUCAUCCCUUCCCUACGGACUACUGGUCAGAUACCGCUGCUCAGGCCUCUGUCCGGUUUGCCAUGUCCGGCCUGGUUGUUCCUCCAAUGUAAAUGCACUUUUGUCAUCUUGAGCACCAGUCGACACACUACCACUUCACAGGACACUCCCCCUCUCCCCAAACCCUCUUCCCAAGCACACUGCAAAAUGCCGGUGCAAUGUAUAGUCAACUGCUCGUUCUGAAGAAAGAAAAGAGAGAAAACAGUUUUUUUUCCCUUUUCAAUGACUUUCAGAACCUGUAGAAAAAAGGAUUUAAUGAGAACAAUAUUUUAAUGGGUUUUUUUCUGUGGGAUUUUAUUUUUCUUUACCCUCCAUACCCCACAAUUUUAUCAACCUUUGAAGAGGACGCAGGAUGAUGAAGGAUUUAUUUUGUAUACCUGUCGAGUUGAGCUUCAGCCUCGGACAGCCGCUCUCAGUACUGGAAAGGACUCUGUGGACUCACCAUCUGGUUGUAAAGUAAAAACACUGAUGUACAGACCAUUUGCCAACAAACUUGUAUGCCUCAGUUUUUUUUUCCUCUUGUGUUUCAACAUCUUUUAAUAGAUUCACAACAGUUGUGCGUCUUUAUAAUGUGACUUUUUGUAUUUUUAUGUGUGAGAAAAUGACACAGGGGCCAAGACCAUUUAAAUUUCAACUGGAAAAAUAUAUGAAAUAUAUAAUUUAGCAAAACUGAUCAUAAAUGUACAACAAAUAUGAAGUAAAAACAGGAUUUAUUUUCUGGUGGGGAUGGGGUGGGGGUGGGGGGAGGGGGUGAUGUGUCAUGUUUAAUUCCUGCAUUUUAACUUAAAUUUUGUAAUUUAUUGUAGUUAGAAAUCAUCUUCAAAAGUGAAAAAAAAAAUCCUCGGAGUCAACAAGCACACUGAUGUGUACAAAAACACUGCUCUGUUGAUGAAUAUGAUGUACUUCCACGUCUAGAGCUUCCUUUUAAGCAAGUGUGUUUUGCCAUGUUUUUUCAACUUUUUUGCUAGCACUGUAUAUUAAUGCAUUCCUAGGCUACUGUGAAGUCUGUUUCUUGUUGAUGAGGAGCAGUCUCCUUUUGGCUCCAACUCCCCUGUGUUUUAUAUGUGGUUAAAAAAAAUGUAGACUAUUGUGAUAUUGCCAAACUUGUGCUAAAUAUUUAUACAUCUGUCUUUUUCAUGUUCUUUUAGAUCAACAAAAAAUGGAAAAAAAAAAUGAAACCCAUUGAGAAUGUAGGAGUACAGUAGGUCAUUGUCAUAUUUCUGUUCAAAUACACACUUGCGCUCACUGAAGGAAAUUUUGUAACAUAUCAACUAUAAAUAAUGUAUUUAUCUCUGAAAUUUUGUAUAUUGCUUUUCAUUAUGUAUGUAUUAAUCGUCAUGCCCUUAAUAUAGUGAUGCAGCACAGAUAAUUCAGCCAAGAACUGUUGCCUUCAUUUGUUUUUCUUUUUUGUAUUUGAUGAAAUGCAAUGUGCAUAUAUUUCAUGUGUAUCCUCAAAAUUUUUGUGUUACACCGUCAAGACUCUCUGUCCAUUUUUUUUAAAAGGGAAGUCAAACUUCAUUGUUUAUUUUUAUAUUGAUUUUAAAUUAUCUAUACCGACCAUUUUGGAGAAAACUUUGUUGGUUGUAUUGUCAAAUAAAUUGUUUGUGACCCAUAUGAUAGUUGUUAAGAUCCAAUAGAGACAAAUGUGCAUGAGGGGCAACCUUGGAGAUAAAAAAAAACACUCCAUUUGUGGUUGUAUUUUUUUCUGUUUUGUAGAAUGUAUAGAAGUCAUUCUUACUCACCACUUAAGACUCUGCCACAUAGCUUACAUGUGUUUACAGGGAAGAAAACUUAAAAAUGUCAGCAUUUGGAAUGGAAACAGAAAUGACUAAGUGAUGUUUUAUUAAAAUUUUCAGUAAAAAAACAACAACAACAAAACACAAUAACUCCUCAACUGUGGACUUCUUCAGUUUUAAGCCCAGUUUGGAUGGCAGAAAAACUGACAAUCAGGAACAAGAACACAAACAAACAAAAGAAAGACAGUAGAUGCAUCUGAGGACGAACCUGUGAUUCAUCUGUAAGAUGUAGUGUUUAGACAUUGCUAUGGAGAUAACUGUUUGAAACCUGUGGAAGAAGUGUAACAUCCAUAUAAAAGAUAAAAAACUGCUCUUUCCCCAUAUUCUUUCAGCAAGAG